CCAGAGCCGAGUGACGACCUUGCCGGUACAUUGUCGGCGGCUCCCGCGGCCGCCGCCCGCCCGCGGGCCUCCAUGGCCUCGACGUCGUCGAGCUCGCAGCGGCGGCGGGACGGGGGCGACGAGAAGGAUGGCGACGAGCGCAAGGGCGAGGUGGACCGCUACGGCGCCGACAGCCCCGGGGGCGCCGAGCCCAUGUCCGCGGAGACCCCGGCGCGGCCGCGGCAGGCGCGCCCGCGGCGUCCGUGUACGUCGCGCGCCGCGUCGCGCGCGCCGAGGCCCGGCGCCGCGCGCGCGCGGCGCCGCCGCCGCCGCGGAAGCGGCGGAAGCGGCGCCCCCUGGGGCCCUUCCGGGGCGUGGGCCCGCCCCCCGCCCGGGCGGGAGCCCACUUUCCCCGCACGCGCGGACCGUGACGUCGACGUCGACGUCCGGUACAACGUCUUGGACGUCGUGGGCCAGGGCGCCUACGGCGUCGUCUGCGCGGCCCACGACGAGGUCGCGGGCGAGGCCGUCGCGAUCAAGAAGAUCAGCAACGCCUUCGAGCACGCGACGUACACGAAGCGGACGCUCCGCGAGAUCCGGCUGCUCCGGCUGCUCCAGCACGACAACGUCAUCCGGUUGCGGACGCUGCUGCCGCCCGUCAAGUCCGACGGCUUCAAGGACCUCUACAUCAUCAGCGACCUGAUGGAGACGGACCUGUCGUCGGUCAUCAAGUCGCCGCAGCCGUUGAGCGACGACCACGUGCAGUUCUUCAUCUACCAGGUGCUUCGGGGCGUGAAAUUCCUGCACUCGUCCGUGCCGCCCGUGACGCACCGCGACCUCAAGCCGCGCAAUUUACUAGUCAACUCCAACUGCGACCUGAAGAUCUGCGACUUUGGGCUGGCGCGCGUCGACUUCGACGAGCAGUCGGCGGGUCGGGUCAAGGCGAUGACGGACUACGUGGCGACGCGGUGGUACCGCGCGCCGGAGAUCAUCACGGGCUGGGUCGAGUAUACGAAGGCCGUGGACAUGUGGGCCGUGGGCUGCAUCUUAGCGGAACUGCUGGGGCGCAAGCCGCUCUGGCCGGGGUCCGACAGCCAGCACCAGCUCGAGCUCAUCUGCCAGUGCGUGGGCAAGCCGGGCCCGGAGACCAUCGACCGCAUCCAGACGCCGGAGAUCCGCGACUUCGUGCUGUCCAUCCCGAACAACCGGCCCGUGGCCUUCCACGACCUCUACCCGGACGCGAACCCGCGCGCGUGCGACCUAUUGCGGGAGCUGCUCAUUUUCGAGCCGGAGCGGCGCUGCGACGUCGAGGCGGCGCUGGCCCACCCCUACCUGGCCCAGCUCCAUUUUCCCGACGACGAGCCCCGCGGGCCGGAGAUCCCGCUGGACGCGUUCCAGUUCGAGAUGCGGGACCUCGACGCGGACGAGCUCAAGCGCGAGAUCCUCCGCGAGAUCUGGUUCUACCACUGGGACGCGCGCAACUCGUCGGCGAGCCGGUCCUCGGACGACGACGUCAUGUUCGCCGCGCUCACGGAGACGUACGCGGCGGGGUCCGAGGCCAAGCCGCACGAGCCGUCGUCCAAGGGCAAGCAAUAGCCGUUUGGUCGCUGUGACAUCGAAACCGCGCGCAGCUCGCGGCUGUACUUUUCGAAAAUCUGUUCACCUCUUCCCCCGAAACGCCAAGGAACGCGUCGGCCGAGUCCGGCUCAAUUCGGAUACCGCGCGCGCGCUCACGAGUAGCGCGCCGCCGGGAGAGGCCGCCCCCAUCGCGCGCCCUCCCCGGCCACUAUAAAUCCUCGUUUUGUCUC